AUGUGUGAUGCAUCAAACCUUGCAGAUGGAGUUGUACUUUCCCAUAGAAUUGGAAAGAUCCCUCAUGUCAUAGCAUAUGCUUUCCGGACUCUGGAUUCUGCACAGGCUAACUACACCACUACAGAAAAAGAGCUUCUGGCUAUCAUUUUUGCUUUAGAUAAAUUUCGUGCUUAUCUGUUAGGAACUAAAGAGUUUGACAUAGAGAUCAAGGAUAAGAGUGGAGCUGAGAACCUGGUGGUGGACCACUUGAGUUGGAUUCCACAGAAUUUGGAGCCUCUACCUAUCCGUGAGAACUUUCCAGAUGAGCAGCUUUUAGAGCUGCGAGCUGUUGAUUAUGUCUCCAAGUGGGUGGAGGCCAAGGCCACCCGAACUGAUGACUCUCAUGUUGUUGUAGAUUUUGUCAAAUCACACAUUCUUUGCAGGUUCGGAGUGCCCCGGGCAAUCAUCAGUGAUCAAGGAAGCCAUUUCUGUAACAGGAACAUGGCAGCUCUACUGCAGAAAUAUGGUGUCACUCACAAGGUUUCAACUCCAUACCAUACGCAGACCAAUGGACAGGCAAAGGUAUCAAAUAGGGAGCUGAAACAUAUUCUAGAGAAAAUAGUUCAGACAAACAAGAAAGAUUGGAGCAAGAGGCUUGAAGAUGCACUAUGGGCUUAUGAUGAAACAAAUUUAGCUACUCGUCAUAGUAUUCAAACCAUAUCUCACAAGAUGGCUUCUCAUCUAAAAGGUGUUGCAAAAUCAACUAUGUCAGAUCAAAUACGUAAGGAGUUGUGUGAGUAUAAGAGAGAUAAUCCUGCAAGCACACAAAAAUUGAUCAGUUCGGGAGAAAAUUGGCUACAAGCUGAUCAUUCACUGGCAACAAAACAACUUGAGGGAAGAAAACAAGAUAAAGAAAGGCUGACAGUAGUUAUUUGUUGCAAUGAAGAUGGCUCUGAAAAAAUCCCUCUAUGGAUUAUUGGGAAAUAUGCAAAGCCUCGUUGCUUCAAGAAUGUCAACAUGAAUAGCUUGAAUUGUCAGUAUCGAGCUAACAAAAAAGCAUGGAUGACUAGUGUGCUUUUCGAUGAAUAUGUUCGUUCAUUUGACCAAAUGAUGCAUGGUAGAAGAGUUCUACUUGUGGUGGAUAAUUGUCCAGCACAUCCAAGAAAUAUUGAAGGGCUAAGAAAUGUUGAGUUGUUCUUCUUAGCUUUCAAGAUGCAUUACCGUAGAAGGUUUUACCGCAAAAUAUUGGAAGGUUAUGAGGUGGGACACUUUGAUCCAGGGAAGAUAAAUGUCCUUGAUGCUAUCAAUUUGGCAAUCCCAGCUUGGAUGAUAGAUGUUCGAAAAGAAACAAUAGCGAAUUGCUUCCGACACUGUAAAAUUUGUUCAGAUAGUGACGUUGCAAGAAAUUUGGAUGAAUCCACUUUUGAUGAAGAAACUCAAGACCUCGAGACUAUGAUCAAUCAAUGUGGCUAUCGUAAUAAGAUGGAUAUCGACAAUCUAAUGAACUACCCAGGUGAAAAUGAAGCAUGUUCGGAGGUUCAGAGUUUAGAAGAAAUUGUAAGUACUAUCAUUGAGAACAAUGCAGAGGAUGACGACGAAGAUGAUACAGUGUCUUUGGAGCCUGUUACACGAAAGGAAGCACUUACGGCGUUGAACACUCUUCACAACUUUAUGAUACAAUACAAAAAUACAACACCUAAGCUAUUGGAUGCAAUAAGAAAAGUUAGAGAUGAGCUCCAAAUAGACUUGAACUUUAAAGGAAAAUAG